AGCAAAUAUUAAAUAUCGUUGAAUUCCGCAAACGUGAGCUGGUCCAAAAUAUUUUGAUCUUCAAACAGCAUGUUAUUAAAGUUUCCUGUAAAUUGCUUAUGAAGUUUUCAAACAUUUUGAAUUCAUAUUUUAAGCUUGUAUGACCGAAUAAAGAAUAAGCAAGUGUUGGAAUUUGUUCGACUAGUUGAAACUAUGUUUCGGUCUACUAAUAGGCAGUCUGAAAAUUACUUUGAAAUAUCUAGUCUAAGUGACCAGUCAAAUUUACCUGAGGGUGCCUGGAAAGUCAGACCUUGCGAAUGGUAUUUAGAAGAAUAUAAAGAUUGUAAAAGUCUAAAGGCUCAAUUUCAUCAGUAUUUUAUUUUUGGGGAACGGACAGAUUGUUCGCAGUGGCAAAUAGAUUACAAAAACUGUCUACAGUUUCGGAAAAAUGAAGACACAAAAUUUUUGGAACCUAUAAUCGAAAGUGAAAAAGAAAGAGCAAAACUCAGGGAAGAUGCUGUUAAGUUAAAUGAUGUAUGGGAAUAUCGAGAUAGAGAGAGUCCUCCAGAUAAUUGGAAUUCACCAAUGCCAGACUGGAUGUUGAAAAAUAAAGAAAAUUCAUUAUUAAUAGAAACACAAAAUAAAUUAAAUGAAGGCUUGGUUCCUGCUACUAUAUUUACAGGAUUUAGUUGUACAAUCAUGUAAUUUUUAUUAGUUUAUUUGUAUUGUAUUAUAUUAAAGUCAUUGGAGCUUUUUAUCAUUUCUUAGUGAUUAGAGCUUUUUCUGAAUUAUAAUACAGGUUUUGCACUUUAAAUUAAAUAUUUCAUAAGUCCAAACAAUAUUCAUUUGAAAAAGUUAUAAAUCAAAUUUGAAUUGCAAAAAUCGAAUUAGUUUGCAAAAGAAUGACUUUUUGCUCAACGUUUCUUCAGAAUUCAAACCUCGUGUCUAAAUCAGGAAUUGCAAAACUAUAACAUACUACAUGUCAAAAGUGGUAAACAACAGGAUUCAGCAUGCAGCUAUUGAAAUUUUUACUGAAAGUAAUAUAUAUACCGGGUGAUUAUAAAAUAACUUUGCCUACACCUCUCUGGAGAGAAAAUCGUUUUGAGUGAACUGAAUAAAAUUUUGUACAUAGGAAUUGUGAUCUAUUGCAUUCAAGAAUGAUGAUUAAAAUGAUUGCAUAGCCCUCACUGUUAUAGUUACAGUGACAAAUCUUUUGAAAUUUUCAAAUGGCGACACACUUUUUAUUUUAUCAAAACAAUCCUUGCAUUAAAAAACCAAAAAUAUAGUUACAACGAUAAAACGAAAUUGUAUCUCUAGAUUUUUACAAUAUGUUGAUUUUUCAUGACCACUAACAAGAAAAAAGUGUGACUUUUAAAAUUAGGGAAAAAUAUGGGCAUGUGAAGACAAACAUACUAAUAAUUUUUUAAUGCUUUCUUUGUAAUUUUUCUCUGUUUUUAAAGGUUUUUAACACACUCUCUUCUCAUUAGUGUUCAUGAAAAAUGUUGAUAGUUGGCAAAAGCAUAUUGUCCCAAUUUCUUGUGCUAAAACUUUUGUCUCUACUGCUGUAGCCGUGAGAGCUAUAUAAUCAUUUUUGACAGUAUUCUUGAGUUCAUAAUGUCUCUGUACUAAAUUUUAUUUCUUUCACUCAAAUGGUAUGAUUUCUAGAGAGCCAUAUGUUGUUACUUGAUACUAGCCUUGUAUUUAUAUACGCACACAAAACUGUGAUGCAAAAAAGGUCUUGUUAGCUUGUAGACAAUGUUAGCAGGUCAAGUUAUGAUUUAAAUUUUUUUUAUUUAUUAUCUCACCUGCUUCAUUUUACUUUUAAAACAAUGUGGGCAAUUUGAGAUAAAUUUUUAAUAUUUAAAGGAUUGAUUCGAACCUCACAAAAUCAAACUGCAAAUCAGACCUUCAAAGUAUGAAGCUAGAAGGCAGCUCUUACUGAAUUGUGAACUGUCUCGGUAGACAAAUAAACUGGUUUUCAAUCUUUUUUGUGGUCUGAAUAGUCUUGAGAUUGAGUGGUUAAAAUUUGGAUUCUCUUCACUUUAUUGAUUUCAUAUUUAUUUGUCGCCUCUGAUGUAUAUAUGUUUUAAAUUUACCUUUUAACUACAGUGUAACGUCCCAUAUCCGGACGUCCCUUUUCCGGAAGGGUCAAUUUCCCGGACACUUUUUAACAAUCAAAAUAAACAAACAUUUCUUCAUCUUCCCCACUCUCUUA